AUGUUUUUUUAUCCAGAAGAUAGAAGUUUUGGUACUAGAGAUAUAAUAAGUACAAAAAUACCAACAAUAAAUGGUAAUGUCAAUAAUAUAUAUAAUCAUUCAACAUACUUAAAUAAAUCUAUAUUUAAAAAUGAAACUCUUGAUCCACCAGUUUUUUCUGAUUGGUUAAAAAAUAUGUCUGCUGCUGAUGGUAUUAUAUUAACAAUAGCUUCAUUAUCAGUUUCUUUUGUGUUGUCUGUUGGUAUGGGUUGUUUAUAUUUUGUAAGAAAAUACAUUUCAAAUGAAAGUAGUAGGCACGCAAUGACAUGGAUAGCUUUAAUGCUUCCAGUAACUACAACAACAAGUUUAUUAGGUAUGUAUUUUCCUCGAAGUGCUAGUUUUCUUCAUAUUAUUGGUACAUGUUUAUUAAUGAUUUGUGUAACUAUGGUUAUAAGAUUAAUGAAAUCUUUAUUUAAAGGAGAAAUUGGUAUUAUUGAAUAUAUGACAUUAAAUGACAUAAAUUUUGACUUAAAAUAUCUUCCAUUUUUUUGUUGUACCAAAUCACCAUCUUUAAAAAGAUCUAAGAAAAAUUUUAAAAUUCUUACAUUUCUUGUAUCACAAACUGUUUUUGUUCAAAUUAUAGGUAGAAUGUGUACAAUUAUAGCUUUUCUUGAAAACAGUUAUAAACAUCAAAAAAUUUAUGAUAUAUCAAAUGUAACAUGUUUUAUAAGUAUCAUGAUUUCUGUAUAUGCAUCUGAAGUUCUUUAUAGAGUAUCAAAAAAAAAUUUAUCAAAAUAUAAGUUUGGACUUAUUUAUAUUAUAGUUCACAUAUCACAAACACUAUUUAAUCUUCAAGAAGUAUUUAUCAAUGUUUUGCAAAAGUUUAAUGUUAUUGAACCUGGAUUUUUAGUAUAUCCUGAAAUUAGAACUUUAUAUUUAGCGAGUUUUCUUUUUUGUUGUGAGGCAUUCAUUUUAGUUCUUAUAUUAUUUUUUGCUAUAAAUCCAAGUAAAAAUAGAAUGUGUGAUCGUUAUAUAUCAUCUGAUGAAAAAUCAAGUACAAUGACAUCAAAAGCUGAACUUGGUGAAUUAGUUCAUAUGAAAAAUGAAAAAUUAAUAAAUAAUAACAAUUUAUAUUCAACAAAAUAUCCAAUUAAAUUGUCGGAUACGAUAAAUGUUGAUCAAGGAUCAAAAAAGAUAACUUAUUUUUUUUAA